AUGACCACCUCCACCAUGUCCAUCUGCUCCAGUGACCUGAGCUAUGACAGCCGAGUCUGCCUGCCCGGUUCCUGUGAUUCUUGUACUGACUCCUCCUGGCAGGUGGACGACUGCCCAGAGAGCUGCUGUGAGCCCAGCUGCUGCCAGCCCAGCUGCUGCCAGCCCAGCUGCUGUGUCCCCAGCUGCUGCCAGUCUAGCUGCUGUGUCCCCAGCUGCUGUGCCCCAGCCCCCUGCCUGACCCUCGUCUGCACCCCAGUGUCCAGCCCCUGCUGCCAAUCUUCCUGUUGUACACCCUCAUGCUGCCAGCAGUCUAGCUGCCAGCCAGCUUGCUGCACCUGCUCCCCCUGCCAGCCAACCUGCUGUGUGCCUCUCUGCUGCAAGCCUGUCUGCUGCACACCCAUCUGCUCUGGCUCCUCCUCAUGCUGCCAGCCGUCUAGCUGCCAGUCCUCAUGCUGCCAGCCCUCAUGCUGCCAGCCCUCAUGCUGCCAGCCCUCAUGCUUCCAGCCUUCCUGCUGUGUGCCUGUCUGCUGCAAGCCCGUCUGCUGCACACCCAUCUGCUCUGGCUCCUCCUCAUGCUGCCAGCCAUCCUGCUGUGCUCCUGUCUGCUGCAAGCCCUGCUCCAGCAUGUCCCUGCUCUGCCGCCCCGUGUGCAGACCCGCCUGCUGCCUGCCCACCUCCUCCUGCUGUGCCUCCUCCUGCCAGCCCAGCUGCUGCCGCCCAGCCUCCUGUGUGUCCCUGCUCUGCCGCCCUGCCUGCUCCCGCCAGGCCUGCUGUGGUCUCUCCUCGGGCCAGAAGUCCAGCUGCUGA